CUCUUCCGUUUCAUGAAGAAAUAAUAGAAAGCCCUUAUAAAAAUAAAAAACAGAGGAAGGAAAAGAGUUCAAGAAACCAAAAAAGUUUUAGCAUAAUGGGAGUUCCAGAGAAGGAUCCUCUCUCUCAAUUGAGCUUACCUCCUGGUUUUAGAUUUUAUCCCACAGAUGAGGAGCUUCUUGUUCAGUACCUAUGUCGCAAGGUUGCUGGCAACCAUUUCUCACUUCCUAUCAUCGCGGAAAUCGAUUUGUAUAAAUUCGACCCUUGGAUCCUCCCAGGUAUAUAUUUGAUAAGGGAUAAUGACAUUAUUUCUGUGAUUGAGAGCAAGAUGUUUAUUUAUUUGGUUUGUUUUUGUGCAGGUAAAGCAAUAUUUGGGGAGAAAGAAUGGUACUUUUUCAGCCCCAGGGAUAGAAAGUAUCCGAACGGUUCGCGACCGAACAGGGUUGCUGGCUCUGGGUACUGGAAAGCCACAGGAACAGAUAAAGUAAUCACUACCGAAGGCAGAAAAGUUGGAAUCAAGAAAGCACUUGUUUUCUACAUUGGCAAAGCACCCAAAGGCACCAAAACAAACUGGAUCAUGCACGAGUACCGUCUCCUCAACGGUUCUCAAAAGAGCCUCGGCAGCACCAAGCUAGAUGAUUGGGUUUUGUGUCGGAUAUACAAGAAGAACUUGAGCUCAUCGCAAAAAGUCAAUAUGCCAAGCUUUACGAGCAAAGAAUGGAGCAAUGGAUCGUCGCCUUCUUCAUCGUCUCACAUCGACGACAUGCUCGAAUUGCCGGAGAUCGACGACCGGUGCUUCGCCUUACCGCGGGUUAACUCACUGCAGCACGAAGAAAAGCUCACCCUUGGCGGCACAGGCAAUAAUUUCCCGGACUGGGUCAACUCGGGGGGUCUCGACUCGGUCCCUGAGUUUGGGAGCCAAUCUCAGGGGAUGACAAGUUACGAUGGAAAUGACCUAUAUGUCCCCUCCGCGUCACAGUUCUGCCACGUCAACACAAUGGUUGUACCGGGUAACCCGACGGAGGAGGAAGUCCAGAGCGGCAUCAGGACCCAGCGGAUUGAUGAGAAUUUCGGGUUAUUUCAACAGAAUUCGAAUGUAUUCACCCACCGGUAUUUGUCGAGUUCGGGUGACUCAUUCGGAUUCGGAUACCCGAAUCAGCAAUUUGGAUUCGGAUUCAGAGAAUGAAAAGAUGUCAUGCAUUGUCAUUGUCAAGGCCUUGUGGUUUUAGUGUAGGAAAGGGCAAUUGUGUAAAUAGCUGUUGGAUUCUUUGGCUAACACUAUAUUAUAUGUGUAGUGGUAAUUUGGUUUAAUAGAUUUUUCAAAAGUGGCAAAAGUGGGGAAAAAAAUGCAGUUUUGAUAAGUGCUAGGCACAUUCGAUGGUUCGAUGUGAAACUAAGCAGAAUAAACAUAGUUCAAGUAAUUGUGUGAAAGCAUUCAUAAUUCUGAAAGUUUUUUAGAAAUGUAUAUGCAUUAUUUGGCUACAAUAGCUACCCAGGUUCACUCAUCAGCAACCUGAAUGAAAAUGUACUAAAAAGGCAUUAGCAAUGUUUGGUUUAAGAUA